AUGAGCCGAUCACCUCUCCAUCCCGUUCCACUCUUAGCUGUGGGCUCGCAGGAUGCCCCUGCUCCCGGGCCACCACUGCUGCCCUCUCUUCAGAAUCCCUCCUCCCACUCAUGGGCCUCUCGAUGUGGGCCUUCCACCUGGGUCCUCAGCUGUCUUCUGGCUCUACAGCAUUUCCUGGUUCUGGCAUCUCUGCUCUCUGCCUCCCACCUGCUGCUGCUUCACAGCCUUCCCCCAGGGGGGCUCUCAUACUCACCUGCUCAGCUUCUGGCUUCCAGUUUCUUUUCCUGUGGUGUGUCUACAGUCCUGCAAACUUGGAUGGGCAGCAGGCUGCCUCUAGUCCAGGCUCCAUCCUUAGAAUUCCUUAUCCCUGCACUGGUGCUGACAAACCAGAAGCCAUCUCUGACCACCAAGACCCCUGGAAACGGUGAGUACAGAGUAAAGACAGCCUCCCUCUCACUGCAUCUGUGUAGUUUGUCAAGCUGCCAUGGCCUGGAGCUCUGGAACACUUCUCUCCGAGAGGUGUCAGGGGCAGUGGUGGUAUCCGGGCUGCUGCAGGGCACAAUAGGACUUCUAGGGUUGCCUGGCCGUGUUUUUCCCUACUGUGGACCACUGGUGCUGGCACCCAGCCUGGUUGUAGCAGGGCUCUCUGCCCACAAGGAGGUGGCCCAGUUCUGUUCCGCCCACUGGGGCCUGGCCUUGCUACUCAUCCUGCUCAUGGUGAUCUGUUCUCAGCACCUGGGUUCCUGCCAGGUAUCCCUGUGCUCCUGGAGGCCAGCUUCAACUUCCUCAACUCACAUCUAUAUUCCUGUCUUCCGACUCCUUUCGGUGCUUACCCCUGUGGCCUGUGUGUGGAUCAUCUCUGCCCUUCUGGGUCUGAGUGUUACCCCCCUACAGCUGUCUGACCCCACUGAGGCACCAUGGUUUUGGCUGCCUCACCCAGGUGAGUGGGAUUGGCCCUUAUUGACACCCAGGGCCCUGGCUGCAGGCAUCUCCAUGGCUUUGGCAGCCUCCACCAGUUCCUUGGGUUGCUAUGCCCUGUGUGGCCAGCUGUUGCAUUUGUCUCCUCCACCACCACACGCCUGCAGUCGAGGGCUGAGCCUGGAGGGGCUGGGCAGUGUGCUGGCAGGGCUGCUGGGGAGCCCCCUGGGCACUGCAUCCAGCUUCCCUAACGUAGGCACAGUGAGUCUUUUCCAGACUGGUUCGCGGCAAGUAGCCCACCUGGUGGGGCUAUUCUGCGUGGGUCUUGGGCUCUCCCCAAGGCUGGCUCAGUUAUUCAUCAACAUCCCACUGCCCGUGCUUGGUGGGGUACUGGGAGUGACCCAGGCUGUAGUUCUGUCUGCUGGCUUCUCCAGCUUCCACCUGGCUGACAUUGACUCUGGGCGAAAUGUCUUCAUUGUGGGCUUCUCCAUCUUUAUGGCCUUGCUUCUGCCAAGGUGGCUCUGGGAAGCCCCAGAGUUCAACACAGGCUGGAGCCCCUUGGAUAUGUUCCUGCGUUCUUUGCUGGCAGAACCCAUUUUUCUAGCGGGUCUUUUGGGCUUUCUUCUAGAAAACACCAUUUCUGGUACACGGAUUGAGCGAGGCCUAGGUCAACGGCUGCCAACUUCUUUCACUGCCCAAGAAACUCAGAAGUCCAGGGAGAAGGCUGCUCAAGAGUAUGGGCUUCCUUUACCCAUCACAAACCUGUGUUCCCACAUCCCACAGCCUCUCCAUUGCCUCUGUCCAAUGCCUGAAGACUCUGAGGAUGAGGAAGGAGGGCCCUCUAAAACAGGAGAGAUGGCCGACUUGUUGCCUAUCUCUGAGGAGACAUACCCCGCAGCUAGCAGAGAAGGGGUUAGGUCCCAGUAA